AUGGAGGUGGAUUCGUCAAGUGAUGAUGAAUUAGAACUUAUUCAAAUUUGUUCUUUAUAUCCAGAAACUUUAAAUUCUGAACCUUCUACUUAUAAUCAUCCUAAAUCAGAUGAUUGGGUGAGAAAUGUGCUAUUUAAUUAUGAUGAAGUUAGAUUUAGAAGAACUUUAAGAAUGAACAAACCUACAUUUUUUGCACUAGUAGAUCAAAUUCAAAAUCAUUCUGUUUUUCAUUCUAAUUCAACUAAUCUUCAAACAGAAGUUAAAAUUCAACUUGCUGUAACAUUAUAUCGUUUAGGAUCUCCAUCAACUAUCUGGACUAAUUCUAUGUUAUUUGGUAUUGCUGAGGGUACUGUACAUUUAUUUAUGGAUAGAGUAGUUACUGCUAUAAGAUCUUUAAAAUCACAAUAUGUUCAAUGGCCAUCUGGAGAUUAUAAAAAAGAAAUACAUAAUGAAUUUGAACAAAUGCAAGGAUUUCCUUUAGUUAUUGGUGCAAUUGAUGGUUCUCAUAUACCAGUAUUUCAAGCUCCUGAUAGACUUAACAAAGAUGUAUAUUUUUCUAGAAAGCAUAAAUAUGGAAUUCAUUUACAAGGAAUAGUAGAUCAUAGAGGUUAUUUUAUUCAUUAUGAUAUUGGAUGGCCUGCAUCAGUAUAUGAUGCAAAAGUAUUUCAAAAUUCAAGUAUUUAUACUCAACAAAAUAUUUUCUUUGAAGGAGAAGAAUAUCUUUUAGGUGAUUCGGCACUUCCAUUUGUUAUGACACCAUUUAAA